CCCAGUCACAAGCUCGCAAGUGCGUGGCGUGGGCACCGGGCAAAGGCGCAAAGCCCAUCUCUCUCGCGCUCUCAGUGGCGCGUGUGGAAAGCGCUCGUCGCUCCGCGCGAGGAACACAGGGAAGGCUGCUGCAAUUGGCGCUGCCACCGAGGCCCUCUCCCUCUUUCCCUCUCACUCACGUGGUCUCCCCCCCCUCUCCUCUCCUGCGCCUGUCCUCGCAGCCCAACCAUCCCCCUCCCCAAAUUCCCCUUCCUACCCGUCGGUUCCGUAGCGCCUCUCCUGGUUGGGUUUUGGGGGGAGUCUCCGCGGGGUGGGUUUGGGGUUUGGUCGGCGGCGGCGACGGCGGCGGAGUUGGAGUUGGGAGGGCGGCCUGCGAUACCAGCGAGCAGUCGGAGUUCGGGCGCGCGCUCUGCAGUCGGAGGGGCGUGGGUGAGAUCUACGCGUGCUGCUGCGGCGUUCUCGCGGGUCCGGCGGGGCAGAUGGGGUUCCUCUCGGCGAAGCUCCUGCCGUCCUGCGAGAGCAUGUGCGUGUGUUGCCCCGCGCUGCGCCCGAGCUCCCGCCGCCCUGUCAAGCGCUACAAGAAGCUGCUCGCCGAGAUAUUCCCCAAGACGCCGGAUGGUGCUCCGAAUGAGAGGAAAAUUAUGAAGCUGUGUGAGUAUGCCGCAAAGAACCCCCUGCGCAUACCAAAGAUUGCCAAGUUUCUAGAACAGAGGACUCACAAGGAGCUGCGCGCGGCACACGUGAGCUUUGUCAGAAUCAUCACUGAAGCUUACAGCAAGCUACUCUUCAUUUGUAAAGAGCAGAUGGCAUAUUUUGCCAUCAGCCUAGUGAAUGUCCUUACUGAGCUUCUGGAAAGCAAGCAAGAGAAUGUUCACAUCCUUGGGUGCCAAACUUUAGCAAACUUUAUCAACAGCCAGGUAGACAACACUUAUGCACGCAAUAUUGAAAGCUUGGUUCGCAAAGUAUGUGCACUUUCACAUCAACAGGGAGAGGAGCACAGACUUCUCAGGGCAGCAAGCUUGCAGUGUUUGUCAGCAAUGAUCUGGUUCAUGAAGGAGCAUUCAUACAUAUUUGCUGAUUUUGAUGAGAUAGUGAAAUCGGUCUUGGAAAAUUAUAGAACGGAGGAAUCUGUUGUUGGUGGUGACAGACAUGCAUCACAACACAAUUGGGUUGAUGAAAUAGCAAGAUCUGAGGGUAGACCUGGCAUAGGUGGUGGUAAUGAUGUGAAUAUCAGCAGUGCAACCGUUAGGCUGCGGCCAGCAAGGAAUUCCUCAGCUCUUACCAGGGAUGAACGCGAGUCUCCAGAAGUAUGGUCACAUAUUUGUGUGCAGAAGCUUGCAGAGUUGGCCAAAGAGAGUACAACUAUGCGACGCGUCCUAGAUCCAAUGCUUUCAUAUUUUGAUACUAAGAAACAGUGGACCCCUCGACAUGGAUUGGCUUUGCUUGUUUUGUCUGAUAUGGCUUAUCCAGAGAAGAGUUCAGGCAAUGAGCAAUUGAUUUUAACUGCUGUCAUCCGGCAUUUGGAUCACAAAAAUGUUUCACGUGAUGUGCAGACAAAAUCAGAUAUUAUUCAAACAGCAACAUCCUUGGCACGACAGCUGCGAUCCCGAGGAUAUGCUGCUGAACUUGUAGUAGCAGGUGACUUGUGCAAGCACUUAAGGAAAACACUAGAGGCUGUGGAGUUAGGCAGUGUUGAAGAUCUGAAUUCGAAUGAAUCUCUUCAGAAUUUCUUGGAGGACUGUCUCAUGGAAGUUGUCAGAGGAAUCAAUGAUGUGCGGCCACUCUAUGACAUGAUGGCAAUCACAUUGGAGAAUUUGCCUUCAAUACCAACUGUUGCCAGAGCAACACUUGGAAGUUUGCUGAUCCUUUCACACAUAAUCUCGUUGACAUCAGCAUCAUCUAACACUCCUAUGGUAUUUCCAGAAGCACUCCUCCAGCAGAUACUGAAGUCCAUGGUACAUCCUGAUAUUGACACUCGUGUGGGAGCGCACCACAUGUUUUCUGCUAUUAUUGUCCAAGGACCAAGCCAUCUGAGGAGUGAAUCAGAGUACCUAUAUGAAACAAAAAAGCAGUCUCGGAAUACAUCUGUGUUUGCUUCUGCUACCGCUCUACUGGAGAAGCUAAGAAGGGAAAAGGAUAGUUUGAGUUCAGAUAAGCCUCGAAAUAUGAUGCAUGAUGAUGUAAAGGAAAGGAACACACAUGAAGAGGAUAACAAAUAUGUUUGGUCGCAGAAAAAUUCAGCUUAUUUCUCAAAGUUAAUUUUCUCUAUCAUUGAAAGAUAUGCAAAGUUAAGCAGCUCUGUAGAGGAGGCCAACAUAGCCAUGUUAACUGAAGAUCAAACCAACCAAUUGCUGUCUGCAUUCUGGAUUCAGGCCAAUCAAACAGAUAAUACUCCUUUCAAUUAUGAGGCGAUUGGUCAUUCAUACAGCCUCACAGUUCUUUCUUCCCGCCUUAAGAAUUCAAGCAACAGUAAUAUCGUCCAGUUUUUCCAAUUGCCACUAUCGCUUCAAAGUAUUGCUUUAACCCCAAGUGGAGUCCUACCUGCUUCUUGCCAACGCUCUAUUUUUAUCCUAUCAACAAGCAUGCUGGCUUUUACUGGAAAAGUUUGUCACAUCACUGAACUGUCAGACUUGCUAAGGUGUUUUACGUCUCCCAAAGUUGACCCAUACCUGAGAAUUGGUGAAGACUUGCAACUCUAUGUAAGGUUGCACUCAGAUCUGGGCAGCUAUGGUUCUGAAAGUGACCAGGAGGUUGCCAGAUCCAUACUUUCUGACUGCAGGACAAAAGUAGGGAUUAAUGAUCAGCGAGUGCUUGAUGUUAUUGCUUCUGCACUUUCUAGUUUCUCUGAGAUGGACAGGGAUGUACUAGCAAAGGAGCUCACUGAGAUGUUCACACCUGAAGAAAUGCCUUUGUUUGGGUCAAAUUCAGUACUGGACUGGGCAAACUUCAAUGGGCAGGCAUUUUCUGAUGAAUCCCUUUCUUUUGAUGAGGAGUGUUCAAGAACCUCUUCAGUAGAUUGCGGCUUGCACGAAUCACCAAUUACCAACACAGCUAGCUCCAUCUCAAAGAUUACUCUACCACAGUCUGUUCCACAUGUUUUAGGUGUUGGUCAAUUACUGGAAUCAGCGUUGCAUGUGGCUGGCCAGGUUGCAGGUGCAUCUGUUUCAACCUCACCCCUUCCAUACGAUACAAUGACUAGUCAGUGUGAAGCCCUUGGAUUGGGCACGAGGAAGAAGCUAUCAAGCUGGCUUGUCAAUGGCCAUGAAUCGACUCCCGACAAUCCUAUGCCAAGUCUUCCCACUGCCCCUCAUUCCAUUAUUCCCAAGGUAAACUCUUGUGGCUUCGAGAGCAUCCACCACAUGUCAGCAGAGCCAAGUUCCAUUGUGAAGCUUCCACCAGCCAGCCCCUUCGAUAACUUCCUGAAGGCUGCCUAUCGCACCCAGCCGGAGCUGUGAUCAGCCUUGCAGAGCACCUAACCAACCCUCUUCAUGAGGGCUAGACUGCAGUACCAAAGCAUAGUACACUAGGUCAUCUAAUGGAACACCUGGCCACUCUGGGCGUAAUUAUCUGUAGCGUCGUUUUAGCUGUAGUAGUAUAUGUAUUUGCUCAUUUAUAUUUACCAAAUGCUGUAGUGUAUGCGUAUCUAUGAUCAUCUGUACCUCUGUAGUUGUCAGUCGCAAGCUCUCUUGUUUGUUCAGACUAUGAGAUGUAGGAGAACACUGAAUCGUUAUGUUUGUCGAAUGUUCUGUUAUGCCAUGUUUUAUUUUUUCUAAAAAAAAUAAUGUCGCUGA